AUGUGCUCUCACGGAGCUGACAGCCACGACCACGGCGCGCCGCCGCCGGCCCCCGCCACCACGGCCAAGCCGUACCCCCUCAGAGCCCCGGCGCCUGUUGGGAAGAAGAUCACCUCCCUGUACAAGAAGCGACUGGUCAAUUUUUUCACGCCGGGACAAUGGGAGAAAGUCAACCUGUUGGCGUCGUUGAAUCACGGCGCCUACUCCAGCGCACCACACGUCAAACUCUCCGUCUGGGACGCACCUGGCACCACGCGUCCUACGUUUCUCGAGGCGACGGCCGACGCCAACGCGUUCCGCGACGCGCGGGUCGGCGAAGCCUUUGGCCCCUCGUGGACGACGCACUGGUUCCGUUGCCAACUCACGCUGCCCGAGGCCCUCUGCGACGAGGGCGUUCACGUCGAGCUUCACUGGGACUGCAACAAUGAGGCUACCGUGUGGACUGCCGACGGCGAGCCGCUUCAGGGUCUCACCGGCCGUGGCGAACGCGUCGAGUGGGUCGUCCCCGCGUCCUUCAAGGACGGCAGAGAGCACGUCGUCUACCUCGAGAUGGCCUGCAACGGCAUGUUCGGCAACGGACCCGGUAGGCCCAUCUUCAAGAACAAUGCCGGCGGCGACUCGAUCCAGCCGCCGGACCAGGACAAGUACUUCAAGCUUGCCAAGGCCGAACUCGUCGCCGUGAACCUCCCGGCGAGGAUGCUGCACAUGGAUUUCACCAUUAUCAACGACGCCGCCAUGGAGCUGGCCGAGGACACGUGGGAGCAGCACGAGGCGCUCAACGUGGCGGGCAGGAUCAUUGACACGUUCAGAGUCGGCGAUGAAAGCUCCAUCGCCAAGUGCCGCAAGAUUGCCGCCGAGUUUCUCGGUGAUGAUAUCGAUUCGCCGGCCGUGUAUGAGACCAAGCUGGACCGGAGGCCGACCAUCUAUGCCAUUGGGCAUUGCCAUAUUGACACGUGCUGGCUCUGGCCGUGGGCUGAGACGAAACGCAAGGUCGUCCGAUCGUGGUCGAACCAGUGUGACUUGAUGGACCGCUAUCCCGAGCUCAACUUUGCGUGCUCGCAGGCGCAGCAGUUCAAAUGGCUCAAGGAGAUUUACCCCUACGGCUGGGAGCGCGUCAAGGCCAAGGUCAAGUCUGGACAGUUCCACCCCAUCGGGGGGUCCUGGGUUGAGCAUGACACCAACCUGCCCUGUGGCGAGUCGCUCGUGCGUCAGUUUCUCUACGGCCAGCGCUUUUUCGAGGCCGAAUUUGGAUUCCGCUCGACGACGUCUUGGCUGCCGGACACGUUUGGCUUCUCGUGCCAGAUUCCUCAGAUUUGUCGGCUGGCUGGCAUGCCGAGGUUCAUGACGCAGAAGCCUUGCUUCAACAGCGUCAAUGAAUUUCCUCACACGACAUUCAACUGGGUUGCACUCGAUGGCAGCCAGGUGAUUUGCCACAUGCCUCCGUGCAAGACGUACACCGCCGAGGCCAACUAUACCGAUAUUACGAAGAGCAUCUCCAAUCACAAAUCCCUGGAUCAGGACAACACGGCUCUCAUGGCUUUCGGCAAAGGCGAUGGCGGUGGCGGCCCGACGUGGCAGCACUUGGAGAGGAUGAGGCGACUCCGAGGUAUGGCUGAUACCACGGGCGUCAUCCCCCGCGUUCACGCCGGUGCGACGGUUGAUCAGUUCUUCGAUCGUCUCGAGAAGAAGGCCUCGAGUCUCGUGACGUGGUAUGGUGAGCUCUACUUUGAGCUGCACCGUGGCGUGUACACUACGCAGGCGCGUACCAAGCUGCACAACCGCAGCUCCGAGAUUCUCCUGCACGACAUUGAGCUGCUCGCGACGAUUGCUUCGAUCCAAGAUAAGGGGUACAAAUACCCGAAAAAGGAGCUCGAUGAGAUGUGGCAAGGCGUCCUGCUCUGCCAGUUUCACGACUGCCUUCCUGGCACUGCUAUUGAGAUGUGUUACGAUGACUCGGAAAAGAUUUACGCCAAUGUUAAGGAGACAGGCGUGGUACUUUUGCAGCAAAUCUUCACCGUUCUUGGUGUCGACACGAAUGCUGCCGUCGAUAUUCAAAGUCUCGAGUCCGCUGUUGCCCUUAACACGCUGCCGUGGCCGCGUAAGGAGCUGAUCGACGUUUCGGAGACGGAAGUCGUGGUCGCUUCCGGCGAGGGUCAUGCGCUUGCUGUCGAAUCUUUCCAGACCUCCUCCGACAACGACAAGGCUGUCACCGUCCAAGAGAUCACACCCGGCCUGUUCCAGUUACAGAACGCUCAUUUAACUGUCAAGGUCGAGAACGGAGCCAUAACGUCUGUCUACGAUCGCCGAGCUAAGCGGGAGACGCUGGCCGGCAAGGCGAACCAGUAUGUUGUCUUCGACGACAAGCCGAUCUACUGGCAAGCGUGGGACGCCGAGGUGUACCACUUGGACACGCGUGAAGAACUGAGCAACUCGAAUACCACGAUCCACGAGGACAAGGGCCAUCGCGCGAGCGUCGUGACGGCGACGCGCAUCAGCGAGAACAGCUCCAUCAGGACGACUAUCUCCCUCACAUCCGCCCUCGACGAACAGCCAUCUCUCAUCGAGGGCACUGCAGACGUUGAUUGGCACGAGACGAUGAAGUUCUUGAAGGUUGAGUUCCCGGUCAAGGUCAGCAACACUGAGGCCUCUUACGAGACGCAAUACGGUGUCAUCAAGCGACCGACGCAUUACAACACCUCAUGGGACAUGGCCAAGUUCGAAGUCUGCUGCCAUAAAUUUGCCGACCUUUCAGAACACAAUUACGGCGUCUCCAUUCUCAACGACAGCAAAUACGGCUUCGCAACGGUUGGCAACGUCAUGCGCCUCUCGCUGCUAAGAUCACCCAAGGCACCCGACGGCAACGCCGACAUGGGCCGCCACCGGAUUCGCUGGGCCAUGAUGCCGCACCGCGGAGGGCUCGGUGCGCCGACCGUGCGCGCCGCGUUCAAUUUUAACAAUCCCCUCCGUCUCGUGGCCACUCCCCAGGGCAGGCCGAAUGUACUGGCAAAUGCCCCGAUUGCGCUCACCGGAGAUGACAACCUUGUCUUGGACUGGAUCAAGCGCGGCGAAGAUGACGAAGACGUGUCGCUCGAUGACCUCCCGAAGAGAAAGAGCAAGAGUGUUGUCGUGCGGGUGUAUGAUGCCGUGGGUGGUUUCUCUAGAGGAACGAUCAAGACGAGGUUUGCGGUGGAUAAGGUGUUCAAGACGAACAUCCUUGAGGAUGAUAUCGAGGAGGUUGCUUUUGAGGGCGGCUCGUUUGAUAUUUCGCUGGAACCUUUCGAGAUUGCGACGUACCGUGUUUUGUUGAAGGACUGA